CCAGGUUGUUGUUGCCAUGAGGACAGCGGAGCAACAGGGGAACUGAGCUACAGCAUCACGCUUCCUCCGGAGUUUUCCGAAUGGGAGGAUGAAGCUUUUCUUUCUUCUUCUUCUUCUGGUUAUGUGUUUGCUUUCUCAAAUUGAUUGUUUCAUUUGGAUGCAUCUCUGAGAAUGUUUUAAGCUGGAGCUGACAGACCCAAAAAAACAAACAAAGCCUUUUUGCCUGUAGAUAAUUGGGGGGGAAAGCAACACAUUUACGAACAACAAGAAAGAAAUCAUAUUUCCCAAGGCACAAAACUGUGAAAAUGGAAUUCUCACAAUGACAAGCCCUUGAGCCUGAAGAGAAGCUGUCUAGUUUCUCACACAUGCAGGCAGGCCGCCAGAUGUUGGAGAGGACAGCUGUGUGCCGGGCAGCUCUCUACCUGUUGGCAGCAGGUGUGGCUUUAACAUCAGAAGCUCGCUGGUCGUGUCCUCUGUCCUGCCGCUGUAACUCUGCAGCGCUGGAGGUCAACUGCUCUGGAGGCCAGUUCACCAACGUGCCCGACGGUCUCCCACGAGAAGCUAAACUCCUGAACUUAACCCACAACACCAUCAAGACUCUGGUGCAUCGGCAGUUCCACACGUUGACGCAGCUCCUGCACUUGGAUUUAAGUGACAAUCUUUUAGUAGUAAUUGAAGUGGAGGCCUUUCUCGGCUUGCAAAGCUUGUUAACGCUGCGUCUUUCUCACAAUCAGCUGAAGAUUAUUCCAGUGGGAGCUUUUGCCGGCCUGAUAAACCUGCAGCUGCUGGACAUAAGCAGCAAUGAGAUUCUUGUUUUCCUCGAUUUUACCUUUGGCGACUUGGCAGCUGUGCAGUUAAUUAAAGCAGCAGAUAAUGAUUUAGUCUUUAUCUCUCAUCAAACCUUCACUGGACUGAACAGUUUGCAGGAGCUGCAGCUCGACGGUUGUAACCUCACUGCUGUACCGAUUGAGGCGCUCACACAGCUCAGUGCGCUAAAGAGGCUUCAUUUUCAGCGGCUAGGCCUCUCCACGCUGCCAAACUACUCCUUCCGCCAUCUAAUGCACCUAAAGGAGCUUGUAAUUUCUCAUUGCGCUUGGCUGGAGACCCUGUCAGGAAACAGUCUCUUUGGCCUCAAUCUCACCUCUUUAACCAUUAAACACUGCAACUUGAGUGGUGUCCCCUACAUCCCCUUACAUCACCUUGUGUAUCUCCUCUAUCUUGACCUUUCUUUCAAUCCCAUCACCUACAUUCAUGGGAACCUGCUUGGAGAUUUGCUCCGACUCCAAGAGUUCCAUCUUGUCGGGGGAUCGCUGCUACGCAUCGAAAUUGGAGCCUUCAGGGGUUUGGAGCAUUUCAGAUUGCUGAACGUGUCCAGCAACCUUCUCACCACACUGGAAUCAGGAGCUUUUCAUUCAGUGGACUCCCUGAGGGCUCUGGGGCUCGACAGCAACCCGCUAGCAUGCGACUGCCGUUUGCUUUGGGUGGUGCGAAGGAGACUGUCCGUGAACUUCGGUGGACGUCCGCCAACGUGCACAACCUCAGUCCAGCUGCAGGACUGGAACUUUCUAGACUUUUCUGAAGCUGAGCUACCGAGUUUACUUACCUGUCGACAGCCUCGGAUUCUGAACCGCAAACGUCAGGAAGCAAGAAUCGAUCAGGGACACACUGUGGUGUUUUACUGCAGUGCAGAAGGUGACCCGGUGCCAUCUGUCAGCUGGCUAAACCCACAACUGAGGCCUUUAUCGCUCAUUGGGAGAGUCCGGGCUCUGUCCAAUGGCUCGCUGGAGGUUCGCUACGCUCAGCCCCAAGACAGCGGCACUUAUAUGUGUGUGGCAUCGAAUGCGGCGGGAAAUGACAGUCUGCCUGUCAGCCUCCGUGUCCGAGCCUUUCCAUCAUCUUCUAAAAACCCUUUUCGUCUUAAAGGCUGGCCAACCUUUCCGUCUGCCUCCCCGGGUGAAAAUGGAGAUCAGAAACUCCACUUCGAUGUGAAGACGCUCCUGAUAGCAGCGACCAUUGGGUUUGUCUCGUUUUUCAGCUCUGUCAGCGUAUGUUUUAUUUUCAUGCUCUUUUGGAGUAAAAGCAAAGGGCAAAUCAAGCACACAGCCACCAUCGCGUACGUGCCAAGAAGCGCCGCGUCAAGCAGCAACGGAGGGACGGGAAACUAUAUGGAGACAAGCAGAUUCACCAUGAAACUUAUAUAAGUCCAAAAGAAUAUUUUCACUUGACUUGAUAGGAGUUAAUAAAUUGCAAAUGUGAAACUUAAUUUGAAUGUUAUUUAACUUCUUUAAAGCAGAAAGUGACUGCUUAUUAAUUCAAAUAUUUGGACAUCAAGUGUUUUUGUCAUUAAAAGGAUUUUAAGUACGUGUAAAGGAACAUUACUGAUCAGGUUUGAUUUUCAUGUCUGAGCCUUUAAUAAGACAGAUGCUGCACUAGAACAAAGAAGAAUACAAAACAGCCAAAGUAAACAGGGUUUAAUGAGAAUAAUGCAUGUGAGAUCAAGGUUAGAGAUGUAAAUUACUCAAAUAAUUGCUAUUUGCCAUGGUAAUUCUUAUAUUUAAGAAAAAAAAUGGAUCUUAAUACAGAGAAUGUAUAGAAGACAGACCUGCCUUGUUGUUUUGUUCAUUUAUUUUCUAAAGAACUAAUAAAACAGGGGAUUUAAUAUUGAAAUAAUAAUAAUUAUGGACAUCAGAUUCUUAAAAAAACCAUAAGGUAACUGUAUAGAUUAUAAGAACAGGACUGAUAACCUUAUAUUAAGGUUAGCAUACAUAGCAUCUCUAUAGCAUGUUAUUUUUUCUUGAUGACUAAAAAUGUGUUUUUAUUCUAAUUUUGUCACAUUUAUGGUUUAUUCAUUAAUGAAUACAUGGAAUGUGAGGUUUUCUUUUUGCAUUUUUUAUUCCCCUCCAUAACAGUAGCAUAAAUAAAAAAUAUUGUACUCUGAAAAGUGUCAUUUUGCUAUAUUAGUUGUAUUAUUCAGUGGUUUUUAGCUGCACAUUUACACAAGAGACAUCAGACUCAGUGAGAAUUGGGUUUGCUUUGUGAAUAUUCACUAUGUGGAGCUAAUUCUUCAAACAACACUGAAACACAAACUUUGACAUCCAAGGAGGUGCCACAAAUGUACACAAAGAGGACUGGGUUUGAUCUGUUUAUAUGGGAUCUACAGGCCUACAUAAUCUUUAUAAGCACUGAUCUGAGACCUCCGCCAGUAAAAGAGGCAUGCUACAUUUGCUGUGAAGAGAAAACGGUAAGUGUGGUUUAGUAUUUUUCUGACUACCACAUCCAUUGAAUUAUUCAAUAUAAUUCUAUCACACUUGAGAAGCACAAAAUGAGGAGAGCCGUUGAUCUUCAGUCCACUUGUAGAUUUAAAUCUCUUUAAAUACAGUUGUUUACCCUUCCCAGUGUGUGUUACAGUACAUAGAGUAUAUUUAUCACCUGAUUUCCAUCUCCUGUCAUUAGCUACAUCACCACAUCGUGUGCUGCACCUUCGUUCACAUUCUUUGUUUAAGAUGCUUCUUGUGUCCCCCAACAGACACAACGAGGCAUAAGGAGGAAACAGAAUAAUCUAGUUAGAUCUGUGUAGGACAAUUAACACGUGAACAUUCCUAAUAUGCAAUGCUUUUUAACCUACUGAUUCUUUAUCAUCAUUACAUUUAUCUAAUGUGAUUAUAUAGCUGUACACGCAUAUUAUGUUAUCACAUGGUUUAAUGGCUUACUUGGUUAUACACUUGAUUAUAUUUUUCUGACACAAAUGGUAGUUUUUGUGGUUUAUGAAAUAAAUGAUUGAUUUUA